AUGGCCGAUGGUGAGAAGCUGAUCUACACUGUGCUGGAGGUGUUGAUCUCUGUGGGAUGCUGCCUGGGGAAUGUGCUGGUCAUCUGGGCCGUGUGGUCGUCCCGUGCAUUAAAACAGACCACCUUCUGCUUCGUUGUGUCUCUGGCGGUGGCUGAUCUUCUGGUGGGUUUGGUAGCUGUUCCUCUGGCGGUGCUGGUGGACGGGCGCUUGAAAACGAGCUUCCACAGUUGUCUCUUCAUUAGCUGCGUGCUCAUCGUGUUGACCCAGGCGUCGGUGCACUCUCUGCUGGCCAUCGCUGUGGACCGAUACCUGCGGGUCUACAACCCUCUAAGGUACAGGGGAGCAGUCAAAAAGCAGCAUUUGUGGAUUGCGGUCACAGUUUGUUGGCUCUCAGCUGCUGUACUUGGUCUAAUCCCGAUGUUCGGAUGGCACAAAGAAAACACCACCACACCAGAAAACUCCACAAUCACGUGUCAGUUCAUCAGUGUGAUACCCAUGUCCUACAUGGUCAACUUCAUCUUCUUCGCUUGCCUCCUUCCACCCACCUUCAUCAUGAUGCUUCUCUACUUGUUAAUCUUUACAAUGAUUUCUAAACAGCUGAGAAAAGGAGUCGGACGUGGCAUGGCGUCCAACUCGUUUUACCAAAAAGAGCAAAAACUGGCGACUUCUUUGGCUUUAGUGUUGGUUCUGUUUGCUGGAUGUUGGCUGCCAUUGCACAUAAUGAAUGCACUGAAUUAUUAUUACACCAAUAUAGAAGUGCCGAUCCUGGCUUUCCACAUCGGCAUACUCCUCUCUCAUGCUAACUCUGCCGUGAACCCCAUAGUUUAUGCUUUUAAGAUCCCUAAGAUUAAGAUGGCAUAUAAAAGCAUCUUGAUGAAGCUGACGAGCUCGGAGCAGAUGGCAGAGCAGAGCAGCCAGACUUGGGAUAAUAAUGGCAGCACCAACUCAAACAACACUGUCAGAUGUACCAUGAAGAUAAAACCACAGGUCAUUUUAACUGCAAACCAGGAUCAUUAGAUUAAGUUCAUGUUCGUGCACAAUGAAUAAAGAAGAGAAGGAGGUGGAGUUAAAAACAAAAGUUCAAUUAAACAAAUCGUCACCUUGGAAUUAUAAGGUUCUAUCUGCAUUCUGAAUGAUUUUGAGAUAUUGAGCUUCAAAGUUUUGAAUUCC